CAGGCUGAGGCUCUGGCGCCAUGGAGGGGCUGGUUCCAGUCCUGUGGGCUUUGCUGGUGUCUGCGGGGUUUGCUGGCGGCAAGAAAGAGCCAGGUGUGAACCUGACCUGCUACCAGUGUUUCAAAGAGACCAGCCAGGCGCUGUGCACGCCCACCGUGUGCUACCCCACCGACCAGGUCUGCGUGUCCAACGUGGUGGUCUUCCUCAGCAAAUCAAAGGUGACACUUUCUCUCAGCAAGCGCUGCGCUCCCAGGUGUCCCAACACCAACCUGAAGUAUGAGUGGACACUGGGACCCAGGAUACUAGGCAGGAUCAUCAGGCAGUGCUGUUCUGGAUAUCUCUGCAACAGGGCACCCACCAUACGAGAGGGUCCCUGGGCCCUUCGAAGGGGGGUCCUGCUUGGAGCGGGCCUCCUCCGGGUCCUGCUGUGAGCACCUUCUUCUCUUGGCCCCACAGACCCACUGUAUCUUCCCACCUCCUGCUCCAGCCCUGCCCCCAUCCUUUUCAAGACACUGGGUGGGACCUUCCCCCUCUGAGGCUGCAGGAAGCAUGCCAUUGCCUCCGUCCUGGACCUGGCCACUCCUCCCAUCUCUGGCAGGGGCCCUUUGUUCAGACAGCCUGGAGAAUGUAGCCCAGUCCUGCUUGGAGGAGAAAGGGCAUAUCCCAGUAUGGGGUAACGGCUCUCUGUAUAAGGUUGAUCACCCUGAACACACUGCUUAGGGCCCUGUCGGGGGCAGGAAGAGCCUGGGCAAGGCCAGAGGGUGGCUGCAACCCGGGCUCUGGCUUGGACUUGGCCAACCCCUCCCCCUGGCCCAGCCCCAUCUGCCCGUAGGGGCCCAGGCAGAGUCAGGCUGUGGGUGCCCACCUGUGCAUUGA